CCAGCAGGCUCUGCGGGUGUACGGGCUUACGAUGUCGGGAAGUGAUGUUAGGCGUGAACAGGUCCUGUAGCCGUGGCCGCUGCUGAGGCUGGCGAGCAGGGCGCCGGCUGCCACUGACCGGAGAGAGAAGCUGCCUGCCGACGUCAGCCUGGGUCGCAGCCGCCGCCGCCGGGGUAAACAGGGCGGGCACCAUGUUGUACUCAUCUUUACCCCCAGCAUCUAGCAGUGUUGGCAUGUAGUAGGCCCUCAAGAAAUGUGUGUUGAAUGAACGAUGCCUGUGACAAGCAACUGGACUUUAUUCUUUCCUGACCCUUGCUCCUAUGACACACCUCUUCCUGGCUGACACUGUUACCCCUUCAGAGCAGGACUGCUCUUCUAGGGAAGCUGGAAAGGAAACAGCCAUGGCCAAGGACAUCCUGGGUGAAGCAGGGCUGCACUUUGAUGAGCUGAACAAGCUGCGGGUGUUGGACCCAGAGGUUACCCAGCAGACCAUAGAGCUAAAGGAAGAGUGCAAGGACUUUGUGGACAAAAUUGGCCAGUUUCAGAAAAUAGUUGGUGGUUUAAUUGAGCUUGUUGACCAACUUGCAAAAGAAGCAGAAAAUGAGAAGAUGAAGGCCAUUGGUGCUCGGAACUUGCUCAAAUCUAUAGCAAAACAGAGAGAAGCCCAACAGCAGCAACUCCAGGCACUAAUAGCUGAAAAGAAAAUGCAGCUUGAAAGGUAUCGGGUUGAAUACGAAGCUCUGUGUAAAGUAGAAGCAGAACAAAAUGAAUUUAUUGACCAAUUUAUUUUUCAGAAAUGAACUGAAAAUUUCAUUUUCUAGCAGGAGGGCAAAAAAAAGAAAAAAAACCCACAACCCCCAAAACAAAAAAACCUCUGUACCAAUCCAGUGACUUGACUAAUGACCCAAGUGUGUUGUGUGAGGUGUUGUGUGAGAUGUUGUGUGAGGAAUGCAGCAUCUCUGAAGGCAAUAAAACAAAUCUGGGGGAGCUUGUUUCAGACGUCAGUGCCUAUCUGCAGGCGAACACCCAGUGGCCAUUGUGGUCCAGGUUCUCACCUCUUGCAUUCUCAGUCUGAACUGAGCGGCCUAUAAACUUUUUUUGUAAAUUCACAAAGCUUUGGAAGGAAAAGCAAUAAAUUAUUAUUUUCAAAUGGC